UCAUUAUCGAGGAUAGCCCAGAUGCGAAGGGCAUAGGUUAGAUAAAGGCAGCGGCUCUAUCCGGCCCUGCGUUUGUUUCUCACCCCGGUAUUUCCGAAUGGAUCCCGCAGCCGAAGCUGCUUCUGUGGGGGUGCAAGUGAAGGAUGACCUUUCUGAGAAGUGCCAGAAGUUAUUCGUCGAGUUUCUGGAGGAAUUUCGGAACCAGAACGGGGACAUAUUAUACUUGCCCGACGCGGAGGAAUUAAUCCGACCUGAAAGAAACACACUGGCCGUGAGCUUCACCAACAUAGAGCACUACAACCAGCAGCUGGCUACUACGAUCCAGGAGGAAUAUUACCGGGUGUAUCCCUACCUCUGCCGGGCUGUGCGCCACUUCGCCCGGGACCACGGCAACAUCCCUCCAUCCAAGGAGUUCUACGUGGCCUUUUCCGAUUUCCCUACCAGGCACAAGAUCCGGGAGCUGUCCGCCGCCCGCAUCGGAUCUCUGCUGCGCAUCAGCGGCCAGGUAGUCCGCACGCACCCCGUGCACCCCGAGCUGGUCAGCGGCACCUUUCUCUGCCUCGACUGCCAAUCCGUCAUCAAGGAGGUGGAGCAGCAGUUCAGAUACACCCAGCCGUCCAUCUGCAGGAACCCCGUGUGCGCGAACCGGCGCCGCUUCAUGCUGGACACCGACAGGUCCCGCUUUGUAGACUUUCAGAAGGUGCGCAUCCAGGAGACGCAGGCCGAGCUGCCGCGCGGCUCCAUCCCCCGCAGCGUGGAGAUCAUCCUGCGCGCCGAGGCCGUGGAAGCGGCGCAGGCCGGCGACCGCUGCGACUUCACCGGCACGCUCAUCGUGGUGCCCGACGUCUCGGCCCUGGCCGUCGCAGGCACUCGGGCCGAGACCAGCAGCCGGGUCACCGGCAAGGAGGGCUUUGAGGCUGAUGGUGUCCAGGGCUUGAGGGCCUUGGGUGUGCGAGAUCUCUCCUACCGGCUGGCCUUCCUGGCGUGUCACGUGGCCCCCACCAACCCCCGGUUUGGCGGGAAAGAGCUCCGUCAAGAGGACCAGACGGCUGAAAGCGUCAAGAACCAGAUGACUGUCCAGGAGUGGGAGAAGGUCUUUGAGAUGAGUCAAGACAAGAACCUCUACCACAACCUGUGCACCAGUCUGUUCCCCACCAUCCAUGGAAAUGAUGAAAUUAAAAGGGGAAUAUUACUCAUGCUGUUUGGUGGCGUUGCCAAGACAACCAUGGAGGGGACGUCCCUCCGAGGGGACAUCAAUGUGUGCAUCGUUGGAGAUCCCAGCACGUCCAAGAGUCAGUUCCUCAAAAACUCCAAAACCAAGGUGGCCCGGUCCUUCUCCUGCAGACACGUGGAGGACUUCGCCCCCCGCGCCGUCUACACCAGCGGGAAGGCCAGCAGCGCCGCCGGGCUCACGGCCGCGGUGGUGAAAGACGAGGAGUCUCAUGAGUUCGUCAUCGAGGCUGGGGCCCUCAUGCUGGCCGACAAUGGCGUCUGCUGCAUAGAUGAGUUCGACAAGAUGGAUCUCAAAGACCAGGUGGCUAUUCAUGAAGCCAUGGAGCAGCAGACCAUCUCAAUCACCAAGGCGGGGGUCAAGGCGACGCUGAACGCACGGACGUCAAUUCUGGCAGCUGCGAACCCGAUCGAUGGCCGCUACAACAGGUCAAAGUCUCUGAAGCAGAACGUGAACAUGUCUGCCCCCAUUAUGUCGAGAUUCGACCUCUUCUUUAUUCUGGUGGAUGAGUGCAAUGAGGUUACAGAUUACGCCAUCGCGCGACGCAUCGUCGACCUGCACUCCAGGAACAUCGAGUCUGUGGAGAGGGUUUACUGCCCUGACGAGAUCCAGAGAUACAUUCUCUUCGCUCGCCAGUUCCAGCCAAAGAUCACCAAGGAGGCGGAGGAGUUUGUGGUGGUUCAGUAUAAGCGCCUGCGGCAGAGAGACAGCAGCGGCGCCACCAAGUCGGCCUGGCGCAUCACCGUGCGGCAGCUGGAGAGCAUGCUGCGGCUGUCUGAGGCCAUGGCCCGCAUGUACUGCUCUGACGAGGUGCAACCCAAGCAUGUAAAGGAAGCUUUCAGGCUCUUAAAUAAAUCCAUCAUCCGCGUGGAUUCGCCCGACGUCAACUUCGAUCAGGAGCGGGAAGAGGACGCGAGCGAUCAGAAUGACGUGGAAGAGGAAGAAGUGAGGUCGGCCACAGUCCCGGCACCGGCCCGACCCAAUGAGCUCCACAAGGCUGCGGUCCCCAAGCCUGCCCUCAGGAUGUCCUUCACGGAGUACAAGAAGAUCUCCAACCUGCUGGUGCUGCACAUGCAGAGGAUGGAGGAGCGUAAUGAGGAGUCCUCCCUGAAGAGAAGCGAGCUGAUCAACUGGUACUUGAAGGAGAUGGAGAGCGAGAUCGAGUCCGAGUCCGAGCUCAUCGCCAAGAAGAACCUGGUAGAGAAGGUCAUUCACAGGCUCAUUCACUAUGACCACAUCAUUAUAGAGCUGACAAAGACGGGGCUGAAGAAGAUGGAGAAGGGGGGCGAGGAGCCCAUCAUAGAAGAGGACCCCCUCUUAGUUGUCAAUCCUAAUUACGUGCUUGAAGACUAACUGCAGACAUAUAUCUAUGAUUUGCAUAAGUAUCCUAGAGUCCUGUAUACAGGUGGCAGCUGUGUUGCUUGAAGAUUCUCUAUUAAAUGCUAAAUAUCUAUGUCUGGGGUAG